CAUAGGUGUUCGCUACCAGCACUUGUCCCAACAGUCUGUUAAGGCUAUACGGGGGGUCUUUGUCUUUGUGUUGAGCAGCAGUCUGUGUGCCUUUCUUAAAAUAUACUUGACCCUUAAUCUGUACUCCACACCAAAGCUGCCAACAAUUUUUUGCCUCCAUAUCUGUUUGUGGCCUUUGCGGCUAAUUGAAUGAUUGGGAUUAUUCCAAGCAAUUAAGAUGAAAUUGACAGGUCACAUUCACGCCUUUAAAAUGUCAGUGUGACUUGAUCUUGGUAGGAAAGGAUAUGCAUGUGUACACACAAUAUUAAUAAACAACCCUUUAUCCAUCCACUGCUGGAUGAAGGCCUCAUUGCGGCUUAGUAAAGCAAAGAGGCCAGGAGUGGUUCAUAUCGCCACUGAUGUUAGCCGUGGCCGGGAAUUGAACAUUACCACACAGUUUGAUAUAGUAUGUGUGUGUGUAAUGUCUUCCCAGUUAGAAUCAUACUGUAAAUAUAUAUUAGUUCCCUAUUACAGAUUAUAUUAUUUUGGGUUUAGCGAUGACACAUUGGUUAGCGAAUAUCCCUCGAAACCUGGUGACCUGAGUUCGAUUCCCAACCGAGGCGAGCGAAAUCUGAACCCAUCCUGAGUGCCCCCCCCUUUUCAACCCACACUCACCAGUACGAUCGAACACCCCCCCCCCUCGUGACCAACAUGACAAGAGUGGGAAGACCUUGAUCAAAGGGCCGUAGCAAAAUAUUUUCUCUGAUUGAUCGUUGGUUUUUGAAGGCUGUCAAUGCUGGGCAAGCGUCAUCACGUUUUCUCUGGUGCGGUGUCAAUUCUACUAUCACUGGCUUCUUCAUGGGGGGGGGGGGUGGAGUGGCGGGGGGUAGAGAAAUGAGUGAACAAGGUCAGAUACAUCACACCCAUACGCUGGCACUUGUCCUUUCUUUGCAGGCUGAGCCAGCAUUGAGUCUUCUUCUUUCCUACGGCUGAUGUAGACGCAGAACAACAAUCUACAAUUUCACAUUCAGGUGGUCAAGCCAGCAGAUAACCACGUCAGAAGUAGCGGAGUGUAUCACUGUGAUGUCGCCUUCAUAUUUGUGGAGUGGGCAUUGCGUCGUUAUACGUUGUAUGGUCCAUUCUGGAUGACCACAGUCGCACACUGGAUAGUUUUUAAUUUGACAUUUAUGCAUCAGGUAUCCGCAUUCUGCUAUGGUUUGUGCGGAUGUGAUUGAGGCUGGACCAUGAGCUUCAUGGAAGAUCAAACCCAGGGAUCUUCUGCGUUGGGUCUUUCACAAGGCAGUUCAUGGAAGUGCAUUGCUAUAGCUCCAAGACUUCAUAAAGUCGAAGUGCAACGAUACAUUCAUGCAUCGAUUAACAUCAACUCAGGAUAGAGGUCAAGGCCCUGCAAUUAACUUGCUCACUCCACUGCUGGUGGAAGGUCUCCGAUAGAGGUAGCUCUAGAGAGCCCCUCUAGAAGUGUGUGUAAGAAGCGAUGGUUUUCAAUACAUAUAUGUUGCAUGUAAAGAGUUUACAUGCUCCCCUGUCACCAAUCGAGGCCGCCAAAGUGUAAUCAUAAAUAAUAAUAAUACAGUAAUCUAAUCGUGACGUUGAUCGCGGCAGUUCAUGAACUUCUCCGGGUCUUGUGUGAAUCGUUACACCCUUAACAUGAGGUGUUUACAUUCUAGAGGAUGAAACAGGAGCUGUAACCGUAAAAGUUGGAAAAUCAUGGGGUCACAGGGUUGGGGUUAACAUUCAGCAAUGCAUAACGCAGCCGUUCCCAAAUUUUGUUUCACCCCCCCCCCCCCACCUCCAUUUGUAUCCCCAUUGUGCUAUCGCGAUCAUGUCACGAGAUGAAGUAUCCAUUCGUAUCUCACGCAGAGGAGUGCAACCGUUCAUGUUAGAUUGCAGCCCACAGGCAGCGAAUAGCACAGAGCCAACUUUGAAAUUUCUUAAAAUUACCUUUUUUUUACACAGUACGGUGUAACACUGUCCCGACUGCCCUGCCACAUGACAGUAAUGUUCAUCGCACGGCAGUGAAACUGAUAUUUAAAAAAACAUAUCUCAAAAAGCUAGAUCAAGAACCACAUGUAAUUGUUUUUUUUCUGCAGUCAUUGGUGACCGGGCUGAUACCGUCAACUUAUUGCACAGAGGCCUGGAUUCGAACGCAGAAUCUCAGUGUUGCUAACUCAGCACUUUGACCUCUGAGCCACUUGGCCGUCAGCAGCAGUUCCCAACUUAAAGCCUGUGGACCCCUUUAAAGCUGUGGAUAUUAAGAGGGUCUGUGGCAGGCAGGGUUCUGCAAAGAGCUGAUGGGUCAACUAUUGCAAAAGAGGAAUGAAAGACAAGACAAAGAUCCCCGUAUAACCUGAGCAGUUAAUGCAGACAUGAUUAGUUGAUGCAGGCAUGAUUAGUUAAUGCAGACAUGAUUAGUUGGUGCAGACAUGAUUCCUUGAAGAAGGUUUCAUUUUGGUGUUUUAACAUCUUAACACCUGUUUUAUCACCUGAAAGGGCAAAACCUAUUUUUUAUUUUUUGAUACCGGCAAGGGAGGUCGCACGAUGACUUAUCAGACUGUUGGGGCAAGUGCUGUUAGCGAGCACUUAUGAAGGCCGGCACAGCACAUAGGAGGGUGGGUAGCUAACAACACACCCAGCCGCUUUUGUCUUCUAAGUGGCAACGUUUACACAUCGCACCAGGUGCUCAUUUGAGGCUCAGUCGACCUAGGGGAGGCCCAGGACCGAUUCAGAUUAUCGUCACUGGUGUUGGCUUUGAGCGGGAAUCGAACUUGGGUUGCCAGGUUCGUAGCACAGCGUGCAAACAGUUGCACUACCGCUCAAAGUAGGGAUAUAUAUUAUUGAUCCACACACAAUGCUCAUUUCCAGGGCUUACAUUAGGCUGCAUCUGUCUGGGUCACUGACCCGAAAAAUAUUUCCACACCUAGCGCACUACGUCCACCAUAUCUCUGGCUAUGGCUACCAUUCACGUGCCUGAUUCAGUCUACCAGUGACCCGGAAAAAUAUCCAGUGAGACAUUAAGAAGCCCUGGUCUGUUCCAGACCCUCAUCUCUGGCAGUGAUGACUGAUGAUGAUGAAGCCAUUAGGUAUUAAGGAUCUUAAGUGAUUCCCGUCACUUCGAAAUGUUCUCCUUUUACCACGUAACAAUUAAAAUGUUCAAAUUAACAAAUGUUUGCAUUGAAAUUAUUCGUACAUUUCCAGAAAUAAACUUUACAACAAUACAAUCUACAUUUACAAUAAUUCAUCGGAACAUGUGAAUAUCAAAGUUAUGGUUAUCAAUGCUUUCCCUAGAGUUAUUGUCAGAGCAGGGUGCGACAUCCCAUUGAGGGCACCUGCAGCACACCUUCACAUUCUCUUGACAACGUUGUCAGCAGUGGGCAGUGCAGUGGAGCAAGAAUCAAUAAUUGUACUCUACUUAUAUGCUUGGGUGUCUAUGAUCCUAACUUCACCAACCCGCACUGACCUGCAUGGUGAAGUAUGGUCAAAUAACCCCAUGACCUAAAAGGUGUGGAAAAGGAACUCAUCCAGUAGUGGAUUUAUAAAAGGGAUGUAUAUGCAAAUUUUGUUCUUUGAAUGGUGUUGCAGGUUCUUGAGCAUUCACUGAAGCAGUCAGUGUGUAUAUUAUGGUUAAUACACCUGCAGUAUUAACCAGGGCAGCCUGCCAGAUUCGAACCGUGCAUGAACCACUGCAAUAAUUGGCGAAGGCGCUACUUCUGGGCCACAUACAAACCAAAUAUUUUUGGCAAUUUGUUAUAUUAUCACCCAUAAUCCCCCGCGACAUCACAUAUACUGUAGAGUUGUUUUUGUAAAAAUCUACUUUUGCGCUGAAUGGGCCCCACAUGGUUACUGGGUAGUUCCUGCCUAUAACAUGUGGCAGCCAAGCAGUGUUUGUUGAACAUAUCUGACUGUAGUUACGUUGCCUGCUUUAGCAAAUGCUGUUGGAAAACACUGGUCCAGAACACCCUCAAGUUGAUGAACUUAAAGCUUAUUUAAUGUAAUGUGGAGAGACAUACUUUGGUCCGUUUAUUGUACAUACAGUACUGCAUUGCAAGUUUGUGAAGGGCCACUGGGUGUGUGAUACAGGAAAUGUGCUGUAAACACAAUUAUGGCAUGUCUAUUCUUGCGCGUGCAAAUGGCACUUGCGUACUUGUGUGCAUUCAUUCUGUACCGAUAAUAUUCGGAAUCAAUGGAAUCGGGCACAAUACAGCAGAGCACGAGGCAUUUUCUGUGUGUCCUCGUCCAUGGCCCGCAUUACGCGCCUGCUAUUUUCAUUUGGGUGCAACCCUAGUGUGGUGCUGUCUAAAUUUAGUGGCUGAUGAGGCUGAAGACACUUUAAAUAGUUUCACAGUUACUUCAUGGUCCCGUGUGGCACUGUGUGUUCAUGUUUGUGUGCGUUGCUGUGAGUGGGCAGUGGUAGUGUAGUGGUUAGCAUGAUGCGAUACGAACCCAGCGAGUCCGAUUCCCGCUCGCGGCCACCACCAGUAACCAUUAUCUGAACCGGUCCUGGACCUCCCCUAAAUCGACUCAGCCUACAAUUAGUACCUGGUGCGGUGUAUUAAUAUCGCCACUUUUAGACACAAAAGUGGCCAAGCGUGGCGCAAGAUGUUAACUACCUCGCUUGGUGUACAGGAGGUGGUGGGCUUGAUCCCGACCCUAACACUUUUUAUAUUUUGAGUUUGCAUGUUUGUUUCCAUUCAGGCUGUAUGGAGGACCUUGUCUUCAUUUUUAUCGUUAUGAGUACCGGUAAUAGGGCCAUGCGUGUGUCUGUAUGUAUAUAUGCAUGUGCUGCAUGUUGCGAGAAUGUGAAUGUGUCAGCUGGGUAUAUGAGUGAAGGAAUGCGUGUGAGUAUUUGCUGAGCGGUGACGUGAUGGUCGGUGGCUUGCGCUGUAAUUCCAGUUCAUUAGGAUUGAUUUGUGGCCUUUCACACUGGUGGGGAUUGGCAUCACAACAUGGUCUGGGCCUCCCACCCCCACAUUGACACAACCUAAAAUGAGUAUCUGCCGGUCAGCACUGGGGAGACAAGGGUGACGGGCAGCCACAGCCCUGAUCCCCAUCACUACCCCCAUGUGCUCUGCUAGCAUUUACAGAUGCUCCCCAACAGCACAUGGCCCAUCAGUCUGUGCAGGCUAAAAGGGGAUAUUUGCCUGUGUCUUUGUCUUGGGGAGCGCUACGAACCCGACAGCCCGAGUUCGAUUCCUGCACACGGCCAACAAUCAGUGACGAUUAUCUGAAACGGUUUCGGGCCUCCGCUAGGGCAACUUAGCCUCAAAAGCAGUACCUGGUGCGAUGUGUAAACAUUGUCACUGGGGAGACAGAUGCGGUCAGGUAUGGUGCUGACCACCCACCCCCUUGUGUACCAUGCCGGCCUUAAUAGGUGCUCCUAAACAGCAUUUGCUCCCAAAAAGGGUGUUUAGGCUAUCGGGGGGAGCUGUGUCUGAUGUGCACACGUAACUUUGUUUAUAAAUGUCUAUGUGCAUCUGUGUCCACUGGCCUUUACAUACGUGGGCACGUAGCUUUGCACUGCACGACGAAUCCCAUCCACCUGGCUCCAAUUCCCAGCAGAGGCCACCCCAGGGUCAACCACUCCAGAAAUGGGCACCCGUGGAGAUGCCCUCAUCAGCUCUGCCCAGACAAAGGCUGUUCGAUGGCAUCCCCCACCCCCUUCAUAUGUCACGCUGGCCAUAAUAGGUGCGAACACCACUUGACCCGACAGUCCACACAGGCCAAAGAGGGGAUGCGUGAAUCUAUGUCAUAGUUCCCUAUGUGUGUGCGAGUGAGCGAAUAUGUAUUUACGUAUGUUAGUGUGUAUGUAUGUGCCAUAAAUGGGAUAUAGCUCAGCUGGUAGAGGAGUUGGGUUCUCAAAGUUUGAUUCAUGAGUUCAAGCCAAGGUCGACCUGGCCCAUUCGUUAUGCAUCUGCGAUCAGUAGCAUUCUAGCGAGGACUGGGGGAUGCUCAACUCCAACGGCAGUCUUUAGUCGGUGGUGACAAUUCCACCUUUGCAUGGUAGGUACCAGUCUGUUCAGAGGACAGCCACUGUUGAUUGCUCACUAGGCCUGUGGUACGAUGAAUCUUUAACUCCAUAAAUGUAUGUAUUAUAUUGUGGUCAACCUAGUUGUGUCGAGUAUCAGCCAGCAUAAUGUGAAGUCACUACAAAAGCUCUACUACUGACAGUAACUCUCACACGUGAUUAGAUACAUGUGUUAAGAGUAUAAAUAUGACCUCAAAUCUAUGAAAAGCAGAUGGGUUGGUACACCCUUACCUCCCACCUAUGACCACAUCUAAGCUAAGCAGGUUGAACCUGGACAAGCAGCGCAGCUAAAUCUACUGUUGUUCUGCACUCCCCUCGCCUCCACCAACCCGCACUGACCAGCGUGGUGAAGGAUGAUCGUACAUACCUCACGGCCCAGAAGGCGUGGGGAGGUCCUCGUCUCGCAGCGGAUUAACACAAUGGUCUGUACAUGUACAACCCAGAAAGUGAUUGUCUAGCAGAUGGUACUCAUUUAAUUGAUCUCAGAGAGGUGAUGGGCUCAACAGACUGGCUGGAUCAUAAUCAGCUUCACCUCGGCUCGAAACUCAGAUUCGCGUAACAAAGUUCGUUGCUUCCUUACCAAAUGCGCCUUUGUGAUAAAAAAAAAUACUGACAAUGACUCGACAACCUUUUGUCAGUCCAUUGCAUCAAUCAUUGGGGUUGUUGACCAUACUUCAUUACGAUGGUCAGUGUGGGGUACCGACAAUUGGUUCAGAUAUCACUCACCACUGAUGUUAGCCAUGGCCGAAAAUUCAACUCAGGAUCAGCGGGUACAUAGUGCAAUAUGUUAACAACUACAUCGUUUCACUACCGCGUAGACUUUUAUAGGAUUAGAAAUACAUAACAGGCUAAUAUUUUCAGUAAUUUGUAAUACAUGUGAAAAUGCUGACCAUUCUAUUCUCAAUGUCCGAGAGGCGUUCUGUUGUCUUUCCUGAACAAAAUAAAUAGUCAUCCUCCGCAGGAAAUGUUAAACCAACAGCAGUGGUUUAUGUCUUGUUGAGUUGUAAAGAUACCAAGACACGUAUCACGUGCUGUUGUGGCUGUGGCCAAGUUUAGCCGCGUGAUGUUGUGUUGAAUUGUUGAGCCACUUCUCAAAAUAUUAUCAGAGCUUUGGACUUCGUAAACAACGUGAGUCUUAUUAGUUAGGCGUGUUUCAGAAAUUAAGAUAUUCAAACAAACAAUAUUUUGUUGUUACAAUUAAAUUAAUAAAAGUAACCACUUAUUUUUUUUAUCCUGGAUGCGAAACACUCCAUCCAGUGAUGGUGGUCUCUAAAACACUCCCGGCAUCUCCGAUUGGCGCGGUUGGUUACGUACGGCGUGAAAGAAGUUGAACCUAUAUACGUGAUUUCAGGAACCUCGUCGUGUGUGUUGUGGAGAGGGGUUCAUAGGAUUAGAGGAUAGGAUGAGAGAGCUUUGAGCCAUGGACCUGCCUUUGGGGAGAAAACUGAAGAUUAAGAUCCUUCCUUGAAACAAAUAUGAUCCAUUUGUAUUACACGGUUUUACAGAGUCUGUGUUUGAUUAGAAGUCAGCAAUUGUUGAUCUGAGCGAAUGAUCGACUUCCUAAUAAAGACUGGCGUUUACAAAACCAUCCCCUUAACAAUGUUCCUUUUAAUUUAAACAGCAAGCAUCGUGUGACCAUGCUCUCUAAUUGCAAUGGAUCCAUGUAGAUUAGCAAAGAGAUUACACUCGGACAAGGAUAAAGGGAGGUGGAGGAAGCUCACAGAGAUCCGCUGGAUUUCUAUCAGUAAUUACUGCAGACGACAAUGUGCUAAUUAAUUUGGAGGACACCCGUGGAGUCGCUCUGGGUAAGAAAGGGUAUAAACAUUACAUAGUUCAUAUUUCAUCAAAUUAUAAAAAAAACACAUGAAAACUGAGGAUUGAUGCCUGGCGUGCAGUUAUUAUAUCACCAUACCGCAUACUGCUCAAAGACAAUUAUAUUAUUAUGGGUAUAGAGUGAUUUUUCUUUUUUUUUAAACAAAAAUAUGCACAUAUAUACGCGAGAGAAAUAUUUGCAUGCACAGCUGAAAAAUGUAAUAUCUCAGUGCCAUUUUGCCUUCGGUGACAUGUUUUUGCUCUCCUUCCACAGCAAGAAGAAACAGUGAGUCAUCGCUAUUUCUGUAGUCGCCAUAGGAAGUGUCUACCUCUGUGAGCUGUGGGAUCUACGAUGGUACCCCAGGUGCUUGUUAUUAACAGGUAUCCUCUUAGACAUGCGAUAAUCUCUUCAAGUAGCGUAAAUAAUGCUACUGUUGUCGCAAUAUUCUUUUCUCAAUUACAUUCCAGUGGUGCGGUCACGAGACUGAAUUUACAUUUGCAGCUCUCCCAGUUAGCAGUGGAUCACCCUGUGUCAGAAACUGGCUUUUGGAAGAAACCCUUCUUUGAAGUCAAUUAAAUUGGAUCUUUAGCCACACUUGGGGAACACUUUUUGUGUUAUUGCCAUUAUUGCUCUUCGAAUGCCAAUCAAUCCAACAUUCACAUUCUCAGCUGUAUUGUUUUAAAAUUAACUGAAAAACGAAGUUUAAUGUUACGGGUGUUUUUUUAUGCAGUGAUUGAUGACUGGACUCAGACCGUCAACUAAAUUAAUAAAUAAAAACCUGGUUUAAUUAUAUGUAGCGUGCCUGGAUACGAACCCAGGAUCUCAGCAAUGCUGGCUCAAGCGUUCUGACCCGUGAACCACUCAAUCAAUAUUGAGCAUCUAUGUUUGAACAUUUGUGUUAUAGGCACAUAUGAACACGCCCAGCCUCUUUGUCAAUCUGGAUUGGGGCCUGUUCACGCCGUGUGGUUGUGGGGGUUGUUUGACCUUGUUCCAUCACGCUGGUCAGUGCAGGUUGGUGAAGGAGGGAAGCAUAGAUAUGGAAGCAUAGAAAUACAGCCCAACAAUGCGUUGUGCUUCUCUCCCACCUGCUGCCUACAACUUUAGCCCUGUAGCCUAUAACACUGCACGGUGGUUGCCCAUCUAAGCACUGUCCAGGCUCCUGCCUGCCUAGCUUAUGAGAUUUCAUGAAGUUGGGCAUAUUCUGGGUGAUUUAGCCAUGGGCUUCAUAUGAUGGUGUUUGGGGAAAUUAAGGGCCAUGCAGUUUGGUGUAAUCUUGCAUCGCCAGUGCACUUGUGUUUGCUUCCGUGCAAAGAACGUUCAGCAUUAUUCGGUGCUACUUUUUUUCUCUCUCCCUACCAUUUUGAGUCGAUCACUUCCACGCAGUUUCCCUGCAUUUCAGUUUGAGUCACUGCUCUGAUUUCCCACUGCAAGUGUGAUGCCGUUUUGCUCGUGACGCAGUGCAGUGGAGGUCAGGGCAGUGGCGUGCUUACUGAGGCAUUGCUAAUCUCCCAGUUUGCCAGUCAGCGGAUGCUUGUUAAGAAGGAUGCUCGGCUUUAUUUAAAAAUUCCCACUGCAUACCCUGCGCACCCCCCCCCCCCCCAAAUUGCCCGGGCACUUCCACAACAUCCCCAUCUCAUUUUCCAGUCACAUCCAUCGUUUUGCACUUGCAGCUCGUGCGUUGGGCACAGCGAUUCUGAUAAUCGUCCAAGCAAAGUAAGAAUAAUCAACAGCAACAACUUCAAAAAUAACUGAGUUUAGCUAUGGUAAAGGAAGAAUACCUGAGGAAUAUUGCCGCGGAUGGCGGUGGUGAUGCACUUGUGCAGGUGCAGGUUCGGGGACGUUGGCUUUUACACGCCGGCUAGGACAAACCCAGAGCCAGCCCCUCGUGCCUGCCCAUUCAGCUGGGCAGGAGCAGAGGAGAACGACUCACAACUCGUGUUCAACAGUGACAGAAAAAGCCCCAUCGCCGGGAGCCCCGUCCUGUCUGGUCGAGUGUGGGAGCUUUGCCAGCUGUUUGAAGGAGAGCAGUGGGUGCAGGGUGACAUGCUCAGGAGGGCGGUACUGCCUCCCAGCUCGGAGCGUUGGGCGUGCGACGCGGCUGUUGAGGCCAACCCGGGAGUCUCGGGGUCCCUGGUCGGUGGGGGCUCUAAGGGUGCGGGAGUGGUAGCCGGGCUGGUGAGCCAACGCGUGCUGCAAGAGGAGGAGGAAGAGGGCCCUCGUUAUACACGCGGCUCGGACAGCGAGGGAUUCAGCCCCCGUCCUGUGCGGCGCUCCGACCGAGAGGAGGCUUUCUGUGCCCCUGCGCCGCACAGGGCCAGCAUCGAGCGCCACCCCGGGGCACCGCGUCAGCCACCCCGCAACCCCUUCUCGCCCGGUUUUGCCUCGGAGCCGCCGGACCCCACCGCACGAUCCGAGCGCAUCGCUCGCUACAAGGCAGAGCGCCGUCAGCAGCUAGCCGAGCGCUACGGCAUUCCAGCGGACAGUGACUCGGAGAACGACCCAGUGUCCAAGUACGCGUGGCUGAAGCAGCAGAGGGUUGGCGGUGCCGCCGCCGCUGCCGCCACCGCCGCUGCUGCUGGUGCCAGCGUCAGUGGUGGGGCGGGGAUAUCGGAGCGGGAGAAGAAGGUUCUGGCGUCGUUGUCGGAACGAGGGCCGGCACCAAAUUCCCGGCACCGCAUAGCCGGGCGGAAAGAGGUGCAGUACACGGGACCGUACCCAAAAGCGACCGACGGUGGUGCUGUGAGUGACGGCCGAGGGAGGAUGCUCCAUCACCAGCAUCACCACCAACAUAACCAUCAUCAGCAGAAGCAGCAGCAGCAACCGCAGCAGCAACCGCAGCAGCAGCAGCAGCAGAGAGGCAAGCACGGGGACACCAUGGAGGCGUCAGAAAGAGCAAGGCCGGCACAACCGCGAUAUGCAUGGGAGGAAGAAGGAGAGAGGUAUCCACACACUGCCGCUCCACCUUACCAGUCUACCGCUGCCCCUCCUUACCAUCAGGUGACCGCAACCCCUUACCAGCCUGCUGCUGCCUUUUACCAAUCAACAGCCGUUCCUCCUUACCAUCAGGUGACUGCCCCUCCUUACCAAGCAGCAGUCGAUCCUUACCAGCAUAUGGCAGCUCCUCCUUAUCAAAUGGCGUGUGAUCCUUAUCAAGCCGUGGCCGCACCCCCUUACCAGCCGACUGCCGCCACUUAUCCAGUGAGGGCAGUUCCGUCCUCUCCUCCAUCGUCCCCAAUGUCGCCGGCUUUCAGCCCCUACGAGGGCCACAGAGCCAAACACAGACCCCUUCGCCGUGACGACGGAGGCAAGAGCGGCCAUGACAGUGCCGCCCCCUGGAGACAACCGGGCUACAAGCACGUCCCCGUGCGCAUCGUAUCCCCACCGCAAGCCGGGGCCUCCACCACCGCCAGGCCUUGGCACCAGCGGCCACAGCAGUUCACGGAGCAGCCUCUGAACUUCCGUUCUGAGCCUCGCACCCAGCAGAGGCAGCAGCAGCAACAGCAGCAGCAGCCACCACCUCAUUACCAACACCACCACCAUCAUCAACAGCAAUACCAGCAACAACACCAGCCACAACACCAGGAGCAACACCAGCUACAGCACCAGCAGCAACAGCAGGAGCAACACCACUCUAGGCAGCCUCACUAUCAUGCUCAAGCUGUGUCAGCCCCACCUGAAGUCUGGAGCCCCAGCCGGCAGCAAGAUUACCGGGCCCCUCAGCAACGAGCGUCCUACAGCAGCAACCAGACAAUGAGCCCGUCGACAGAGCAGCCGGAGCACUACCGCGGUCUCGCUCACCGGCACGAUCGUCCGGCUGGCUCGGAAUUUUAUGCUGGCGGACCCGCAGCCGGUGCGGUGCGGAUCCCGGGCAGCGCGGGUAGUGUGUUCCGGCCAGUGGUGAGCGCGCGCCGAAUGGCGAUGGCAGAGCGGGCCACGCAACCAGAGCCAAGGACACCACCGGCCACGACGCCUCCACGGGCCAGCUUCGAUGACUUCAGCCGCUCGGACGACGAGCAGUACGAGGUAGGAGAGGAGACGGGGGACGAUAUUGCUCUGCGGAGAGCGCAACGAGAGAGGGAGGCGGCCAGAGAUGGGCGAAUGGAACUAGAGGCCGAUGAGAGCGUGACAGAAUCUCCGCCGCUGCAGCCUCAACCGACCGCUCGCCUCCUGAAGAGCAGGAAGGCCGUGCUGCCCUCCGAGGUGCGGCGCCAGCAGCAGAAGAUACCGUCCGACGAGGGGAAAGCGAGGUCCGGCCAGACGCCCGAUGGGGGCCUGAGGGCAAAGCAGUCACCGUCGGCUCGAGGAGACGGCGAGAGGGAGUACGUGGGCGGUCCUGACGACGAAGGAGACGGCGCCGGAGCCGCGCGAUGGUGGGGCGAGAGGAAGGGGGCGCAAACGGAUGCCCAUGGCGGGGUCGGCGGACCCGUGAUGCGCAGCAGCUCUGAGAUUUGGGGCGGGCCGCCCCACUUGUCGGCAGGGAACCUGGUCAGAGCGAGGCCGAUGCGGAGGGCGACCCAGGAGGCCUUCCUGACGACGGCGGCGGCGGCAGGCGCCCGUGCAGAGAGGGGCACGGCCGAGGGGCGGGAGUGUGAGCGCGGUGGCGUGGACUGGCUGGGCACCGAUGGCUACACGGGGGGCAGGCCGCCACCACGCGAGGGUUUGUUCGAGUCGCCCCCAGAGCCUCGGGCCCGCAGCAGAUCCGUCGACUGGAAUGCGGCGACGGCGAGGGUGAACGUUGAGGCGCGACCUGGAGGGCCCAUGUGGCAUGCCGAGGCUGGGAGGGGAGUGGGCGCCGGGGGCGGUGAAGGCGGCGUGGGCGGUGAAGGCGGCGUGGGCGGCAGGGUGGCUCCGGCUCAGCGCAGGGCCCGGCGCUACAUCACGCCGGGGGACGACCGGCGGGCGUCCGACCGCUUCCGCACUCAACCCGUCACCUCGGCCGAACGGCACCAGACAGACAGCAGGUCUUGGCAAGGGGAUGCCGAUGACAAUGCUGAAACGGACAAUAUUGAUGACAAGGCCAAGCUCAGUGUGGCUGCCAAGCGGUCCUUUUUCAAGGAGCUGGAGAGAGCCGCGUCCCAGGAAUCUCCAGCCUCUCCGAAAAUGCGCUCUCGCAACCCGGCGGUGGAGCGACGUCUGCAACGCCGGCUGCACAAGCGCGCGUUCACGCAGCCCAUUGGCACCCCGCCGGGCUCGCCUGCCAGUGGAGCUGGCUUAUUUGCUCAGGGCACAGCCAGUGGCAGCCCAACAGCCCAAGGAAGGAGCAACAGCCCCAUUCCAGUCGAACCUGAACCCCAGCUGACCAGCACGGGGAGCAAGCCCGAGAUUGUGGCGCGUGCGCGGGACGAGGACGAGAGCCAGUCGGACGGCGCUCCGGACACCAGCACCCUGACGCUGACCGAGAAGAUGGCGCUGUUCGACCGCCUUCUCCGGCCCGGCGCCGCGGGGGCCCCGCCGUCCCCCGCUCGCGGGCGCUCGACCCCCAGCGACGACGCGGCUCCGGGGGCGCCAAGGGACCGGCUGGUGUCCAGGAGGCGACGCGGUUCGUCUCGUUACCAGACCCAGCCCAUCACCAUGGAGGAGGUCAAGCAGGCAAACUCGGGGACCCUCACACCGUCCUCGCUCGGCUCCAGCAAAGCUGAGAAGUCCCCACCACUCCCUGACGAGCCGCCGAUGUCGCAUCCCCGAUCGCCCAGCCCCGGGACUCCGAGAUCCUCGGGGUCUUCUUGCACGCGGGAUUCGCGUGCUCAAGCGAUGGAAAACCCCUUUAAAACCGCCCCUAAGCACCACGCCGACAGCGCGGCAAUGAACAGGGGCUCGGAGCCCCAGUGGUCUCAAGUUGACAACGCAGGGAGAGGUGAAACGAACGAACGGGGAAGGCCGCAAGAAGACAGAGAGGCAUCAGGUGGUGGGAGAGUGGAAGAAGCAGUGAAAGAUGACUGCAGGCAAACCGGGCGAGUGUCAGGGCGCGCCAAUCGCGGGGACGUCAAGGCAAGAGAUGUCCCCGGGAGUUCCGACAGCACGGCCAGAGGGAGUGUGGAGAGGAUGAGUGCGGAGGAGAGCGUGGAUGUGGCUAAAGAUAUGAAUGCACAGGAGCUGGGAGAGAUGAAGAGAUUGGAGCAAGAGACCGGUGCCAGGAAAGGCUCAGGUGGAAGCGUUCGCCGACAGCUAAGUCAGGAGAUUCUGGGCACCCAACUGAGCACAGGGGUGGAUGAGGGGGUGGGAAAGGAGGAGGAUGUAGAGGAGAAGGGAGCAAAGAAAGUCAUGGAGAGGGAGACAGAAAGACAGAGGGAGAUAGAAAGGCAGAGGGAGAUAGAAAGACAGAGGAAGUUAGAAAUAGAGGAGACAGAAAGACAGAGGGAGAUAGAAAGGCAGAGGGAGAUAGAAAGGCAGAGGGAGAUAGAAAGACAGAGGAAGUUGGAAAGAGAGGAGAUAGAGAGGCAGAAGGAGAUGGAAAGGCAGUGGGAGAUAGAAAGACAGAGGGAGAUAGAAAGACAGGAGAUAGAAAGACAAAAGGAGAUCGAAAGACAGAGGGAGAUAGAAAGACAGAGGGAGAUAGAAAGACAGGAGAUAGAAAGACAAAAGGAGAUCGAAAGACAGAGGGAGUUAGAAAGACAGAGGGAGUUAGAAAGACAGAGGGAGUUAGAAAGACAGGAGAUAGAAAGGCAAAGAGAGAUCGAAAGAGAGGAGAUAGAGAGGCAGAGGGAGAUGGAAAGGCAGUGGGAGAUAGAAAGACAGAGGGAGAUAGAAAGACAGGAGAUAGAAAGACAAAAGGAGAUCGAAAGACAGAAGGAGUUAGAAAGACAGAGGGAGUUAGAAAGACAGAGGGAGUUAGAAAGACAGAGGGAGUUAGAAAGACAGAGGGAGUUAGAAAGACAGAGGGAGUUAGAAAGACAGAGGGAGUUAGAAAGACAGAGGGAGUUAGAAAGACAGAGGGAGUUAGAAAGACAGGAGAUAGAAAGGCAGAGAGAGAUAGAAAGAGAGGGGAUAGAGAGGCAGAGGGAGAUGGAAAAGCAGUGGGAGAUAGAGAGACAGAGGGAGAUAGAAAGACAGGAGAUAGAGAGACACAGGGAGAUGGAAAGGCAAACGGAGAUGCAAAAACACAAGGAGAUAGAAAGAGAGAGGGAGAUGGAAAGACAGAGAGAGGCAGAAAGACAGAGGGAGAUAGAAAGACAGAGAGAGAUAGACAGACAGAGGGAGAUGGAAAGACAGGAGGCAGAAAAACAAGAGAUAGACAGACUAAAGGAGGUGAAAAAACAAAAGGAAAUGGAAAGACAGAGAGAGAGAGACAGACAGAAGGAGAUAGACAGACAGAGGGAGUUGGAAAGACAGAGAGAGAUAGAAAAACAGGAGAUAGAAAGGCAAAAUGAACUAGAAAGACAAAUGGAGAUGCAAAGACAAAAGGAGAUAGGCAGACAGAGGGAGUUAGAAAGACAAAAGGAGAUAGAAAGAGAGAGGGAGAUGGAGAGACAGAGAGAUGUAGAAAGACAAAAUGAAGUCGAAAGACAGAAGGAAAUGCAAAGACAAAAGGAGAUGGAGAGACAGAGGGAGCUUACAAGACAGGAGAUAGAAAGGCAGAGGGAAUUGGAAAGAGAAAAUAUAGAAAGGCAGAGGGAAGUAGAAAGGCAAAGGGAGAUGGAGAAGCAGAGGGAGCUGGAGAGGGAAUGGGAGAUGAAAGUGAAAAGAGAUGUGGAACGACAGAGGGAGUUGGAAUGGGAGAGUGUGGUGAAGGAGAGGGAUGAGUUUGAAAUGGAGAGAGGGAAGCAAAAAAAUGAAAUGCAGUGGAAGACAGACAGGAAAAAGGAGAAUAAAUCUAAAAUGGAAGGGGAGAGAAGGAGAGGCGACGAUGAGAGUGAACGCUACCGUAAGCACGUGGCCGAGGGAGUGGAGGAAGAAGUCGUAGACCGGGCGCUGGAUAGGAGGGGGUCGGAGAGGACGACGCAGAGACAGACUGAUGAGGUGAGGUCAGAGAGGGUGCCCGUAAGGAAGGCGGAGAGAGGUGCGCACAUUCAUGUUUCUGACAAGGAGCUGGGAACGGCUGUCGACAAGCAAAUUGUGACGGGGCUCGGAUUGGAGGAAGUUGAAGAGAAAGGAACUGGGCAGAGCGAUAGGAAGGAACAGGUUGAUUUCGAAGCGGAGAUAGGGGUCACUGGUGCAGGAGAGAGACCGUUGAGGCAGCAGUGGGCCGAGCAAAGAGAAAAGGGCAUUGAGGCACAGAGAGUGACCGAGUUGACGGCCACAGCGGACGACGCGAGAGUGAGACCCUCAUCGCUGCUCACUAAGACAAAGGGGACCGAGGAGGCCAUGGAGAUGGAGAGCGUGCAGACGCCGGCUACUGCUGACGUAGACGCAUUGGGCCCCGCUCCAUUGCAGCAGGGCAUCGGCAAUGCCACGUGCUCGGCCUUCCAGCCGUGGCAGCGUCCAUGCCACCACGUGGCGGCCAAGCCCUGGGUUCCCAACGUCGCUUCGUCACCCACAAAUGCCGCCGCGAGGCCCUGGGUGGGUCCCCCGACGCAGGCCACUACCGCCCCGUCGCAAGCACAUGGGCAGUCGCACUCAUCACCCAAGCCCUGGGUAGCGGCCACGAAGCAGGGGGCCGAUCGACAGGGAAUGCAGCCGCAGCAGAAGGAGCAGCAGGGAAUUGUACCGCCCCAGAAUGAAAUGCCAAAGCAGCAGGGAGUGCCACAGCAGCAGCAGCAGCAGAAGCAGCAACCGGCUCUGUCCCUACUGCAGCUGCCGCAGAAGCAGCCGCCCCCAACAUCACCCAAGCCGCGAGUGCUGCUCGUGUCCGUGCCACAGGAGGGGCCUCUGUACCGGGCAUCCCCGCAGACCCAGUCCACCGGCCCGUCACACCAGCCACAGGGCCCGGCCAUCCCUCAGGUGUCUCCUCAGCCCUGGUUGGAGCCUACGGGGUCAUCGUCCAGGCUGUGGGGACACCCGGCCCAACAGCACUCGCCCCUCCCAUUGCAGCAGCCACCCAGCCUGGCUGAGCAGUCACAAAAGCAGCAGCAACAGCAGUGGCCACCCAUGCAGCGCCAUUCUCAGCAAAUCCACCUGGCACCUGGGCAGGAGUCUGAGCCACUGCUCCCAGAACAGCAGCAGCAGCAGCAGCAACGGCCAAUGAAACAGCCACGUGCCCACGCACAGCCCUGUGAUAUUGGCUCCUCCAAGGCUGAACUUCCCCAGCAGGAGGCGCGAGUGGCUGAAGAGAGGAGCGACAAAGGAAUGCUGACAGUCGCCGACCGCAAGCAACUGCUGACGCAGAGGGAGGAGGGACGCACGAUGCGGGGAACGGCACCAGGACCCUCCGCCCCGCACGGACACCAAGGCCGCUCCGCACAGCCGUCACCGGACCGCAGGGCGGCACAAGUCGAGAAGGUUCGGUCACAUAUCCGAAUGGCCCGGGAUGCGGUUGCCAGGGAUGCGGUUGCCAGGGAGGCAACUGCCAGAGACGGAGGAUUUUACCUGCAAACGGGCCGAGGGGGCUGGGCUGGCUCGGAGUUUAGCGAUGAAGACUUUGCCUACGUGGCCAACGUGCACACACCGCGGCUGGACUUCAGCCUGGCGGAGCACAGGCGGGCCGUGCGCCCGCUGCGCCGCACCGUGCCCUCCCGCAAUCCGCUGCGAGUGCUGGCCGCACGCGCCGAUGUGUGGUCCGAGGACGUGGCCCUGGGCCUGGAAAUGAACAGCCCUCCACGGCCCCACACCGCUUGCCACGCGCGGCCUGCGCUGUUGCUCAAACCAUCCUCGGAGUUUAUUGAGCCUGCGAGGGGGACCGCUAACCAGCGGGGAGAGCCCAUGGAGUCACACACCGCAGCACCCCCACCGCCCCCCCCACCGCCCCCACCACCACCCCCCCCACCACCUCCACCCCCACCUCUUCCUGUCGCGUGGACAUCGGCCAGCCAGCGGCCAGUCACGAAGCAGCCGCCCCUCGUUGCCCCCGUGGCUCCACCGCCACCUCCAGCGCCAGCAGUGGCCCCAGCAGUGCCUGUCGUUGCCAUGGAGACACAAGCCGUGGCCAAGACACGCAGCAGCAAGACCACCACGGCAGCCACCCCUUACAAGCGAGUCAUGCUGCUGCAGGUCAAAGGCCGAAGCCACAUUCAGACACGGCUUGUGGAGCCCAGAGCCACCUCCCUGAACAGCGGAGACUGCUUCAUUCUGGUGACACCGCAUCACUGCUACCUGUGGGUGGGACACUUCUCAAACCCGGCGGAGCGCAACAAGGCCGCGGAGCUCGCCGGAUACAUCCAGUCUCGCCGCGACCUUGGCUGCCGAGCCGGGAGCGUACACGUGAUCGAGGAGGGUGUGAACUGCGACAGUGGACGUGCGCGUGGAUUCUGGGCCCACCUCGGUGGCUUCACGCCCUACCAGGCGUCGGGAGGCACGGAGGAGGACGAGCUGUACGAGGGCGUGAUCGCCGAGACCAACUGCAUCUACCGCAUGGUGCACGACAAACUCAUCCCUGAGGACGGCGCCUGGGGCCGCGUCCCUACGCAGGAGCUGCUGGAACCCAGCGACGUGCUGGUGUUUGACUUCGGCAGCGAGGUGUACGUGUGGUGUGGGCGUGAGGUUCCAUCUGCGGCACGUGCCGUGGCCUUCCAGCUCGCCAAACAGCUCUGGAACGGCACCUUCGACUACACCAACUGCGACAUCAACCCCCUGGAUCCGGGGGAGUGCAAUAGCCUCAUCCCACGGAAGGGUCGCGGCCGUCCCGAUUGGGCCAUAUUUGGCCGCCUGAUCCAGCAUAGCGAGACCAUCCUCUUCAAGCAGAAGUUCCUCGACUGGUUUGAUGCAGUGCCCUCGGGUGGACCUCCUCGUGAUCCUGACAGGGGUGACACCCAGCCGCCCGAGCUGCACCCGUGCGACAUUCGCCUGAUGCUCAUCGAGCCCUCCGAGUCCCAGGACCCGGCGGGUGCCGCAGAGGCCCCUCUGGAGGGGCUAGGACCCGGCAGGGGGGCGCGGGGCGCCAUGGGCGGCCGUGACAUUGCCACAGCCGGCGUGGACGUGUGGCACAUCCUGGACUGCGACUACAGCCGCGUACCUCAGUCGAGCGUGGGCCAGUUCCACGAGGGUGACACCUAUGUGCUGAAGUGGAGAUACGUGCUGCUCGGCACGGACUCCCGCGGACGCGGCCCCGCGGCCGGCAUGGAGCGCUGCGCCUACUUCUUCUGGCAGGGCCGGCACUCGACGGUGGACGAGAAGGGAACGACGGCACUCAUGGCGGUGGAGCUGGGGGAAGACCGGGGACCCCAGGUUCCAGUGACCCAAGGCAGAGAACCUCCUUCUUUCCUGCAGCUCUUCCAGGGUGGGAUGACUGUGCAUGCUGGUCGGAGAGAAGAGGAGGAAGCUGGGACCCAGGGUGACUGGCGGCUAUACUGCGUCCGGGGCGAGGUACCGCUGGAGGCGCACCUGCUGGAGGUGGCGUGCCACGUGAGCAGCCUGCGCUCGCGAGCCCACAUGCUGCUGCUCAACGUGCACCAGGCGUCCAUCCUGCUGUGGCACGGCUGCAAGGCUCAGCCAUCUGGCCGGCCCGUGGCAAAGCAGGCAGCCAAACGCAUCGGCGAGCUGUGCCCGCUGGAGGCAGGGCUGCACAGCAGCAGUCGCCUGAACAUUGAGGAGUGUGAGGAGGGGGCUGAGCCCACGGCAUUCUGGGAUGCGCUUGGGCGCCGCAACCGCAAGGCAUACGACUGCAUGCUGCAGGACCCAGGCAGGUUUAACUUCACCCCGCGGUUGUUCGGCCUGGAGGUGUCGUGUGGCCGUCUGGUGGCACGGGAGCGGCUGUACGCGGCGCGCAUUCCCGGAGCCGUUUGCUCCACCCCCUUCCUGCAGGACGAGCUGUACAGCGGCAGCCAGCCAGCCCUGUUCGUGGUGGACAAUCACCAGGAGGUGUACCUGUGGCAGGGCUGGUGGCCCAACGGGGGUGACCCCCACUCAAACUCUCUGUCUCGCCAUCUGUGGCACCAGGCCCGCCGAGCUGCCAUGCAGACUGUCCUGAGCUACUGCACAGCGAAGUCCCCAAGCCACCCCCCCAAGGCAUACCUGAUCCACGCCGGUCUGGAGCCCCUCACCUUCACCAAUGUGUUUCCUUCCUGGGAACAUCGGCAGGAUGUCGCUGAAAUCAGUGAGAAGAAUGUGCAGGCAAGCAGCCAGAUCACGCUGGUGCAGGAUGUGCUGGAGGCUCUGAGCCAUCCUGGCACAGCGGGCCGGCCCUUACCUGUGGGGGCCGAGACCCAGCCAGCCACAUAGCCCCACAAGCCCGACACAGAGGUAUACGCAGGAAUGCCACAGUCAGAGUUUUCUGCCCUGCCACUCUGGAGGCAGCAGGGCUAUCGUAAAAGUCUGCCUGCUUACCUGAAGACCCAACAGAGACGAAGUCCUUACCCUGCCUGGACGACUGUGCCUGUUCACACAUUGGAUCCCAGAGUUUGCACCUAGGUCCCACUGUCAUGAAACAAAAAUUUUGAUGCGUUUAGAGCUGCGGUGAUUUGUGUGUGUGUAACUGCGAUGGAAGGCUGUUCUGGAGAGUAUGUGAACCAGUUUAUUGUCAGUGGGCAUUUCACCUGUGGUGUUGCUGGCACUGUUAUGGUCCUGAAACAAUAUAGUGAAAUUGAACCCAUGCCGUAGUUUGUAUUUGAAUGACAUCUACUAGCCUUGUGUAUGGGCAUGUACACACGAGCACAAAUACACUUACAUUGAUAUGUUUGUAAAUACAUUUUGGGGGAACUACACAAUCAACUGUGGAUUUGUUCAACCACCAGGAUAUAGCAUUUCAACAAUGGGCAGCUUGCUCCUAAUUUCUGCAAACGUCAUUCUUUACGCACCUGCAGAGCAUUGAUUUAUACGCCAUAAGUGAAUAUCUGCUUUUUCAUGGGUAAAUGGGAUGAUAAUUUUUUUACCCUAAGUGUGUACUGUUCAUUUUAUGUGACAUUUAGCUUUGCCCAUGAAUUACUGUGCAGUAUCCACCACCUGAAGGACACAGUACCUUGCU